UCGGUUGGAUCGGAUCUGAACGGAUCUUUACGGAUCGAAACGGAACGGAUAGGAAGCGGAUCGGUUGUUUACGUUGCCAUCGCGCAUUGGAGUUUGCGAGGCGACAUCCGACGUGGUUUAUGCUUCUGUGCGUCUGGUUCUCCAAUGUAAAAAUAAAAUUGCUCCAAUAUGUGUGCGCGAAACGGCUUCUGAAACAUUUCUAAAAAAAAUAACCCCGAGAGAUACGAAAGAUACGAAGUACGAACCAGUGCAUUUGUCAGGGUCUUUGGAUACACGGAUUCGUUACGGUGGUAUUACCGAUCGGUUUUCGAACGACAUCGAGACCAUAAGCAAUUGAGCAUGAAAGUGGUGUGCUGGAUUUUCGAAUUCCUGACGGUGGUACAACUGCUGGUCGAAACUCAGAGUGGUCAUGUGCAGGAGGCGAAGAGGGAGAUAAGGGACGCGAUGGGUCACCAUCGGCAUCAUCACCAUCACCAUCAGUAUCACGGAUCGCAUUGGGUGGACGGAAGGAGGGUGCACCGCCUCCGAGUGCCGCACCAGGAACGAUGGAGUGGGCGGCGGAGGUCGCUCAACCACCACCAGCCCUUCAGCCGGUGGUCACAGUGGUCACCAUGCGACGAGGAGUGCGUCAAGCGGCGGGAGCGGUUCUGCAAGGUGAAGCGCAAGUGUGGCCACACCAAGCACGUGGAGCAGAGCAAGUGCCGCCAUUGCCAUCCUGCGCCUCCUAUAAAGUGGCAUCAGCCGAUCAUUUUGGACGACAGCCACAUCCGCGAGAGAAACCAUCCACAGCCGCAACCACAACCACAACCGCAGCCACCGCCUCCACCACCACCACCCCAAUCGAUAAUCAUAAAUGCAGCGGCUGCGGCGUCUAGUGGACCCACCGUGGAUUAUCGAUAUACUGAAUACAAGCCACCAGCAAUAUCGGCACCAGCUUAUCCACCAACGCAUCCCCCAAUUUAUGCACCUACUUAUCCUUCUAAUCAUCCCUCAAUAUAUGCACCUGCUUAUCCUCCAACUCAUCCUCCAACUCAUCCUCCCACUCAUCCCCCAACUCAUCCUCCCACCCAUCCUCCUACUCAUCCUCCCACACAUCCACCAACUGCUCCUCCAACUCCACCUCCGAAAUCCGUGGAGUUGAUUGAUCAUGAGCCGAGAGAUCCCGGGCAGGAUAUAUACAGCGAGGAGGAAGUGGAGGAUGAAGCUCAAGAAGAUGCCAUAAGCUCCGAUGAGCAGGGUGACUUUUAUGUGCUCAAACAUCAUCGCCACAAAAGACGGCACAACCAGAGAAAGUCAUCCCAUAAAAAACGUCCAAAGGAAGACUAUGAUGACGAUGACUUUGUGGACUUUAGCGAAAGAAGGCCACUGAGACCCAGAAAUUUGGGAGAGGACUCUAGUGUGGAGGGGGAUGUUUUUCAAUACGAGGACUUCGAUCUGGAGCCAGAUACUAUCUACACGGAUUCGGAGGAAUCCGACACCGAAUUCCGAAAUAUCAGCUGGGUGCAGCCACCCAAGGAUGGGUUGGUUCUUAGGCGGAGACGGGUCUAUUCCAAAUGGAGUCGAUGGACCAAAUGUUCUCCAAAGUGUACAACAAGGAGAUACAAAAAAUGCCGGAUCAACGAUCAAUGUGGCCGUGAGGUUCUCCGCGAGAUCGCCUACUGCUACACGGAGGGCAGUUUCUGCCAGCAGUGGCUGCAGACGCAGUUCCAGAAGACACCCGCCUUCGAGACGAGACCGGGAUCCGGAUCCCCGGCGAAUGCCUUGCGAAGGAUGCAGUCCGAGCAGCCGGAAGUGUCUAGCAAUGACCUGAACUACAUUAUGACGGGAAAGGGCUACCGAGGACCAGAGUACACCCCACUAAAACUGAGCUGCGGCAUAGUUCGGAGUGCAACUGGACGAAGGAGCAUGUCCAACAUGCUGAAGAUCAUCGGAGGACGUGCGGCGAGGAAGGGCGAAUGGCCUUGGCAGGUGGCCAUCCUGAAUCGCUUCAAAGAAGCUUUUUGUGGAGGCACCCUCAUUGCUCCUAGAUGGGUGCUAACAGCCGCACAUUGUGUGAGGAAGGUGCUCUAUGUUCGCAUAGGUGAACACAACCUUAACUAUGAGGACGGUACAGAGGUGCAGCUGAGGGUAAUGAAGAGCUUUACACAUCCCAAUUUUGAUAAACGUACGGUGGAUAGCGAUGUGGCAUUGCUUAGGUUACCAAAAGCUGUCAAUGCCACCACUUGGAUUGGAUACUCCUGUCUCCCGCAGCCUUUCCAGGCGCUUCCUAAGAACGUGGACUGCACGAUAAUUGGAUGGGGAAAGCGGCGCAACCGGGAUGCCACUGGAACCAGUGUGCUCCACAAGGCCACCGUGCCCAUCAUACCGAUGCACAAUUGCCGCCGGGUUUACUACGACUAUACCAUCACUAAGAACAUGUUUUGUGCCGGACAUCAGAAGGGUCACAUUGACACUUGUGCCGGAGAUUCGGGAGGUCCUCUUCUAUGCCGCGAUACCACCAAACCCAAUCAUCCCUGGACCAUCUUCGGCAUCACCUCGUUUGGCGAUGGAUGCGCCCAGCGAAAUAAGUUUGGCAUCUACGCCAAGGUGCCCAAUUACGUGGACUGGGUGUGGUCGGUUGUUAACUGCAAUGGCAACUGCAAGAUGCAGUAGCAUCUCGGUGGGUACUUAGUAGUCGCGGAUUUAAGUCCGUCAAGUUGCAGAGGCUGUGAAAAACUAAUUUACACUUUAAGUGUCCGAUCCGGGAGAGAAAUCUUCGCUUGAUCACCAUGUCACAAUUCAUCAUGUGCUCAUUUUGCGAUCCUAAAGCUAAAUAACUAGAAGUUAAAAUGCAGCAAAGUCGAUUGUAAAUGUAGACAACCAAAUAUUUAUGUAAUUAAAUCUUUAAAAAAAGUCUUACUAAUUGAAAUUCUUAAUUUCGCUGGGGUUGAAUUUUCGUUUAACCCUCUUCUAAUGUACAUAACUAAAAUCUUUACGUUAUAUGUUAAAAAGUUAAUCAUGAUUCUCCUAUAAGUUAAAUAUAAUUAAAUUUGUCUUAAGGGCAGACAUGAAUCUGAGAUGGCAAGUAAAAUAAUAUUCUAACUCUAAUCUAACAUACAUUUUUAUUAACCUGAUGUCAGUGAAAAGUUUAAAGCCAUAAGAACUGUAAAUAAUAAAAGUCACCAUCUGUAAUUUAAACGAAAAAUACUCAGAUCGAUGCAACAAAUUAAACACUAUUAAAUAGGCUUUAAUGAUUAUAGUAACGAACUAGGCCCAAAAUAAAUAGAAAAAUGGAAUAAAGAUCUUAGCAAAGGACUCUUUCCUUUUUGUCGUACCAAAGAUUCACAGAUAUGUACAUUACUUAUUAGUUUAUUAUAUUGGUGUUAAAUGCUGCACAGUUUUGCUUCCACAAUAAAACUAUUUAACGUGAUCCCUA